ACUCACCAGUCACCACUAAUCCCCCAUUCUCUCUCUCUCUCUUCUUCAAUGGCUAUGGCAACUGCAUUCUCUCUUCUCUUCUUCUUCUUUUCAAGCUUCUGCUUCCAUCUCAGUUUUGGUGACUAUGGUGGCUGGCAGUCUGCUCAUGCCACUUUCUAUGGCGGCGGUGACGCUUCUGGCACAAUGGGGGGGGCUUGUGGAUAUGGUAACUUGUACAGCACAGGUUAUGGCACCAACAUUGCAGCUCUUAGCACUGCUCUGUUCAAUAAUGGCUUGGCCUGCGGCUCUUGCUACGAGCUUAUGUGCAACGGCCCCUACUGCGUCCCCGGCAGCAUCACCAUCACCGCCACCGACUUCUGCCCGCCCAACCCCGGCCUCUCCAACGACAAUGGUGGCUGGUGCAACUCUCCCCGCCAGCACUUCGACAUGGCCCAGCCUGCCUACUUGCAAAUCGCUAUUUACCGGGCUGGAAUUGUCCCUGUAUCUUACCGAAGGGUGCCUUGUAGAAAGAAGGGAGGAAUAAGAUUCACGAUCAACGGACACACCUAUUUUAACUUGGUGUUGGUGACUAACGUUGGGGGUUCUGGGGAUGUCCAUGCUGUUGCGAUCAAGGGGUCAAAAACCGGGUGGCAACAAAUGUCACGGAAUUGGGGCCAAAAUUGGCAAAGCAACUCCGUUCUGGAUGGCCAAAGCCUCUCAUUCCAAGUCACCACGGGCGACGGGAGGACCGUCAUCAGCAACAAUGCCGCCCCUGCAAAUUGGCAUUUUGGCCAGACUUUUGAAGGGGCUCAAUUUUAAUUCCAAAAGUUUCACCCAAUAGAAACAAAAGAAGUUUAAAGUGUUUUUUACAACUUUACAUUUCAAAGGGUGAGACGGUCGGGGGAGGCUCUAUAGCCGUGGUGGCUGGUACCACCCGCUUAAGCCUAUAGUCUAUAGUAAAUAUAAGUGCUCUUUUCUUCCUUGGAAAAAAAAAAACUACUCCGUUUAUAUUAAGGAUUAGUGUUAUAUAUAUAGUUUAGAAGGAUAUAUAUUUAGUUAUCAAAACAAGAAUCUUGUACUCCUGAAUCUUCAAACAAGAGAUUUGAGGUUCUAUUUUCA